GCCAAACCUCCCAACCACAGACACCGACGAGAAGAUACGCACGAGAGGGUCGACAACGUGCAAUUGUCACGUGGCCAGCCGUUUCCUGGAAGAGAUCGUUUAAAAGAACGUCGUGACCAUCGCAUUUAUCCCACAGAGAUGACUUUCACUAGUUUUGCUUUGCUUUCACUCCUCCUUGCCAUAGCUUCAGGAGGAAUUUUGGAACCCGACGAAAACUGCAACAGAUACGGAGGUAUCUGUGCCACUCGAGAUUCGUGCCCCGAAGUGAGAGAAGAAAAUGGGAAGAAUUUAUGCCCCAAACACGAGAAAGUCGGAGGAGUCUGUUGCGCCCAAAUUCCCACUGACGUUACCGACUGUGCGACUCAUGGUGGCGCGUGCUUUGACGAUUCAGAGAGAUGUCACGCCAUUUUGACCCGCGCUGUAUGCCCGAAAGGGUUAAAAUGCUGCCUUCUGGAAUAAAAAUAAAUUUAUAUUCUUUUUCUAUUUAUAAUAAAUUUAAAUUUAUAUUGAAAAUGUAACUUGUUUGGUUACUCACUUGGAUUUCUUGUCCAUUAUAGCACUUGAAAUUCAUUCAAUUUUGAAAUUAUCCAUGAAUUUCCUUUUAAAAAAAAUACAUUUUGAGUCUGUAUUUUUGUAUCCUGAUAUCAUAUUUUUAUGAAAAAUAUGAUUAAAAUGACAAUGUUUUUAGAGCAAAAUCACAAUUUUUGGGUUCACAGAUGCCACAUUGCAAGUAAUUGCUUUCGAUAAUAGUGGACUGGUAUAAUUACUGGGACCAGAGUUAAAUCGUUACAGGUCUAAGCUAUAUGAGGCCCUUUUCUAUUAAAUAAUAGUAAAUUUAAAAGCAAAAAUUAAUUUCUACCCCACAAAUCCAGCAAGAAUUGCAAAAAAAAAAAAAAAAUCACAUUUAAACCAUUGCUGGAGAAAUUUCUGUGGGCAAUAAUGGGAUCUUUUAGUCCUGGUGUCCACAAGAUGAGAAUUCCAAGUUUAUUUUUAUAAGAUUCGGCUGAACCCUUGAUCGGCGGGUUCGAGUUUGGCUUGUGCACUUGCACUUUGUGGGUCACAUACAUGCAUAAGGCAUCAUGUUAUGGGAACCGAUAUUUUCUUGUGGAGGAAUCAUACCAAAUGUCGCUUUAUGCGAGGGAUUCACAGUGUAUAUAAGAACAGAACUGUCUCGUUUGUAUGUAAAAGUACAAAAGACUCAUGCUUAUAUUGGGAGAACUGACUGAUA